UUACAUUAUAUACAGGGCGUUCGUUAUAUAUGUUGAUACUGCCGCGCGAAAAAAACUUGAUAGAUUUUUCAAUCAAUUUAGACGAAUUGAUUUUUUUGUUAGCAAAAAUGCAUUCAACGAAUUGCAUUGCCUCCCGUUUCACGCAAACGUUAUUCGUAUUAUUCCGGUUCAUCGACUAUUUAUUAAUCUGGCUAACCCAGGAGUCUCGGCUCGCAGUUUGUCCCACCGUUAUACGCUGAGACGCGCGAGACUCGCCGCAGUAGAAAGAGUCAGUGUUGCGCGGGCCACCGUGGCGCGAGGACGUGCCUCCCUCGUGCUGCGUUGUGUGACAGACAUUAGUACGUGCGUGCGUGCGUGCGUGCUUUAUUGGCCGGAUCCUUCCGGGCUUUCGUUUCCUAUUUUUUUCUCUUCGCGUUUCCUCUUUUCUUCCUUCUCGUCUGAUUGUUACCAAUUCAUUUUGCUCCGAACGUGCGUGCGUGCGUGCACGCGUGCACCCGUUUCGCGGAGAACUUUUAAACUUUCGUAGAAACUCUCGUAUUUUCUCUCGCGCCAAUCAAACGUGUGUAUCUACAUGUGUAUGUGUACAUGUAUGUUGUAAUUUGGUUUCGUCUCGUUUACAUAUUUACUUUCUUUUUUCCUCGUUUUCGCGUUUGACUCUCUAAACGCGCUUUGGUCAGAUAAUCAGCCGGAUAACAAUGCAACCCGUUAUUAUGCACUCGCUCAAAAAUCGCCACGAAUCACCAACAUAAAGCCAGCCCCUUAGAUUUUACCUUCUCAUCGAGACUGACCGUCAAAAUACAUCUGCACCAACGACGCGUGAAUGUGGCAAAGGGACAUAAUCUAACGGGAUAAAGGAGAUACAAGCGUCGCGUCGCGUUCGCGAUCGCUCGGAUCUAGAAGGUGUAGAAAAAUCAUGCGUCUCCUGACGGCGACAGGCGCCGAUACCGAUCCCGCACGCAGGACUCAGGAUGUAUCGUUGGACAGCGAUGUUGGCUCGCGCGGAUCCGAGAAGUGCGGCGGCAGCAACAGCGGGUGCAGCAGCAGCAGGGACCACGACGGAAUCCGCGACGGCGUCGUCUACGAUCGCGGCCACGGCAACGGAAGCGGCAGCAACGAUAAUCGCGCUCGCGGCGACGAUUUCUGGGCAUGUACGUCUUCUAUCCGGCGGACGAGCUCCUGCGUAUCUAUGAGAAUCCGAUUCGGGAAUCCGUGUCACUGACUGUCAACGGCACUGACGCAGCAGUGAACAACGGUUAUCACGAGGAGGCGAAUCAGCAACGAUAUUAUUAUCAUCAGCAACAACAACAACAACAACAACAGCAACAGCGAAUUGUCGUCGCGUCGGACGACGACGUGCGUAAACACAAGAAGGAGAGAAGGCGAGAGACUGGUCAGACGGCCAGCAGGAGGCAAACUCUGUGCAACAGCGGCGGCAACGUCGACAAGAAAGGACGCCGGUACGAGAAGCAACACGCCGGGACUAUGCAAAAUAAUCGUGCCUCCGGCUCCGAAGAGGCCGCCAAUCAUCCCCUCAAGGACCUCACGCAGUUGAACCUCAACGAGCCCCUUAAGCAAAACAAUGGCGUCGCGCUUAAGCUCGUGCAGACGGUCUCCGAGUUUGCCCAGGAGUUGGGCGCCGCGAUGGAGAGCCACUCUGCAAAUAUGCGACGUCUGGUCGAUGAAUUUCGUAGCCGAUCGAGCAGCUCGAGAGUCGACGUCGGUGGCAUGCGACGCGUUUGGGACAAUUUGUUACGGCAAGUCGAGGCGGAUGCAUCGUCCCACCUCGAUCUGGCAGCGGUGCUGCAGCAGCAAUUGUCCAGGCCCACCUUAGAGGCGAGCUUUCAUCGAAAGCUGCAAUCGAGGAAGGUAUUCGACCACCGCGAGGCUUACGAGCAGGUGGUUAGCAAGACGGAGGAGAAGCUGCAGCGAGCGAGAUUGGAUUACAAACGAGCUUACGGCGCGUUGCUAACCAGCGGCGGCGGCAGCGUCGAGCAGGAAUUGAAACGCGCUUACUUGGAGUCGCACAACGCCUAUAUCCUGCAGCUACGAGCGACGAACGCCAUCACCGAGCGUUAUCAGUUCCAUUGUCUACCGGGGCUGUUGGGCGAGAUUGCGGAGGUCUACGAGGAGCUCUGCGGAUUGACCUGCAAAUGCGUUGCCGGGAUCUCGGAGACGGCUGGGGAACGCGCUGGCGAGCAAGCCAAACGUUACCAGGCCGUGGCCAAGGAAGCGCAAGCGGUUGUACCAGCCAACGACUUGCAGGCCUUGGCGCGCAAUUUGUCCGCGAGCGCGACACCACGGAAACCGCCGCGACGCCUUUAUGUCGCGCCGACACCGCCCGAACAGGUACCGAUGGAGAGAAUCAGUCAAAUACCCACGCUCAGGGACGAAUUGGUACCAACGGGCGCCAGUACGCUCCCUCUCAUGGAAGAUCUCAAACUCGAGUACGACAGCCUCAUCCAGGAAAUAGGUCGUUUGCAAGACGCUCUGGACGCUCUGGUGCGAAUGCAGCGCAAGAGCGCCGAGAGUAAUCUUUUCACAAAAGUGGCCGAGCUGCAAGAAGAUAUUUCUCUCAAGCGUUUCGACCUCGGCGUGGCGCAAUUGCGUCUAGCCGCGGUGCAAGCACAGAAAGAACUUUUCGGAGGUGGAGAGGCCGGUCAACCGGAUGGGCUGGCCAGUCGGAAAAUGUCGAACGGCUCGACCGGAAGCCCGAAGCUCAAAUGGUUGAAGGCGUUCAAAAGCCUGAAAACCAGUACGCCUACGACGCCGCCUCUGUCCGACAAAGGAAAGCAGGCGACCAUGUACCACGCAGUUUCUACUGUCGUCGCCAUGUCCAGGAAGAGCCUCGAGUCCGAGGGCGGACACACGUGGCGCGAGUACACGUACCGCAAGAUCACGCCGUGCGACGCGUGCGGACAGGUGCUGCGCGGUCAUAGCCGUCAGGGUGUUCGCUGUCGCGGCUGCAAGGCGAACGCGCACACGGACUGCAUCAACAUGGUGCAACCGGCGUUGUGCCCGAGUCUGGCGCCCAAGAAGAGCGGUGGGAUACCGCUGCUGCGUCGGCAAAAGACGCAGGUAGCUGACGAGGUGCCGGCAUCGUCCGAGCACAACGUGGACGCCAUAUACCAGGUGCUGAAGCAGGCAGGCGAGAUCCGUGGAAAUUCGACAAAUUCACCACCUACGCCUCCUACAGCAGAACAUCCCUCCUCCGGUGCAGCACCUUCGUCAGCGAGGGCCUCCUCCCAUCCCUGUUCCUCGUCCACCUCUGCACCGCAUAGUCCGCAACGUAGACGCGAGAGGCUAAAUCUGAGGAUGAAGAGCCUCAGUUUGGACUCACCGGAAGGGACUACGCACGUCCGGCAUCGUCCACGAGAUUACUACUCUAGUACUGGUGCAAGAGAGACAACCCCACCCCGACAUUCUGACAGUGGUAGUAUCAACAGGCUAUCGCCCUGCAGUCCGGGCCAAACACACGGCGCGCACAAACACGGGGCGAGAAGUGCCAUCCGGAUGUCGAGCAUGGAGUUGCCGGAUGAGAACGAAAAGUCGUACUCGUCGGCGAGUACGUCACCGUGUCCGUCACCGCACACGAACAAUCAAAAUCACCUAAAUCCACCCGGUGGUAAACGUGUCCUACCGCCAAACAAUCUCUAUGUCGUGCUAUACAAUUUCGAGGCGCGACAACCGGAUGAGCUGGAUCUCAAGGCCGGUUACAAAAUUACCGUGAUUGAUAAAUCGGAGAAAGAUUGGUGGAAGGGUAAAUGUCUCGGCGGACGUGUCGGUUAUUUUCCAAGUGCGUAUGUUUUGAGAGUCGAAUCCGGUCAAAGGACUCUUCAAGUCACACGUAAUCUGCAGCUGGCUGAGACAACUCUGCUGCGAGAUCAGAUUGUGAUCCAAGUAGGCGAGGAGAUGGACGGGGUGGCGAUGGUGAGAUGCGCAGCAGACGUACGUUCCGCCGAUCACACAGGCAAAGAGGGCGACGUGCUUUACAAGGACAUCCGCUGUCCCCUCAAGUAUCUGCAAGAGGUGUGACAGCAGCCUUACCAUUUUCAUCAGGGCACGCGUAAUAGUGGUAGCGCGAUUGCGACGAGCAGUGA